ACAAGGUGCAAUACAGUUAAGUUAUUGCGCGUUUAGUUCGAAGAUAAAGACAAGAAUGACCGCAUUUAUUCUGUUCUCCUUGCGCUUUUUUUAUAUCAUUUUUGAUCUGCGUUUUGCGUGCCCUUUGCCCCUCAAACACUGUUCUGCGCCAUUAUAACCCGAAUAUUUGCCGCCAGCUUUGUCGCGCGAUCCCUGCACACUUGGACCAAUACUUGGAUAUUUCAGAUCAUAUACAUACACCUUGCGUUGCGGUGUUUCUUUAAAUAUCGUCGAGAGAACACCUGAUUCAAAAAGUUACAUUAUGAUGCGAAAGUUGCAGCGCUCACACGACUGCUAAGCUACAUUUCGCACGCGAACAAGUCGGUUUAAGCGAACUCUAAAGUAAAAAAACUCGCUUUGCGUCUUUUUUCGACAGUCUUUCAACGAUAUUGUCGGAUUGAGAUGACAUCUUGAGAAUGACAUUGGCUGGUAUACGAAGCGCUUGACCGUUUCUAUUUCGCCCGCAGUCAGCGGAAGCGGCGGUAUUUACAUGCGCGUUGACACUUUUGUCAUUUACAGAAACGUCCGCGCGAUUUGCGAUAGGUUUGUGUCGUUAAAGUGACGUGUUUUGUUUGCUAUUUGUACGACUCAAGGGUAACUUGUGCUAGAGUUUGUGUCUGAGGGGCGUUUACCGUGUUUGAAGCUAGCAGCAGCUCUCUGGCAGACCACGGGGUGUCGGGAGUUUGACAAGCGGCUUAUGUAAUGCUGGCGAUUCCCCGCACGCGCGUCAGCGGACACCGAACACGAAUAACGAUUAUACAUAGCGAGGUGUAAAGUUUAUUUCGCUCAAUAUCGUGCGCGCGUCGACGCCAGUGCACGUUUAUUUUUGCGCGAGUUGUUUGUUAGCUGCGCGCUGCCGUGAAAUAGUGUCGAAGCUGCAACGCAGCGCGUCUUGGCAACAUAUUUUAACAUUUAUUCACCAUGAGGGAAGUUAAGCGAGCAAGUGUCGCGUAUGUGAUCUGAACGUCUGAAACGCUUUGGAUUCGUAUAGAAAUGCACUUUUCGUCAUAAAUCUAAUAAAGGAUCAAGAUAUGGAUCGUGGACUGAAACGCAACCAUAAAGAAGCUGAGAGUUUAACCUUCGGGGACUGCAUCGAGAGAGGCCUCGUGCCGGACAUCGACGUCAGUAUUUCCUCUUUAAACACGUCAGACGAUUUUUCGAACGGACUGAAUGCUGGUGACAAUCACAUGAAUCUUUCCAUGGCAGAGCCAUCCUCGAUAGGACAUAACACACUGGAACCAAACGUUAAAAUAUUCAAACCUUUCAGAAUGCAUCACCACCAGCACAAAGUAAAUGAUCCUCUUACUCUUAGCAUCGGUGAAAACUUUUCUAUGUUGGACGAGAGCAUCGCAGACUUAAAUCGCAAUUCUGGCGCCCAGGCCCCGGACACUUUCACAAUGAAAACGGAGCCGUUUUCUCCUGUCGAGAAAGAUCGACAGGACUUUCCUUUCUAUGGUCACCAGGAUAAAGAUAGUAGCGAGAGACUUUCUGGAGAAAACACGCUGGACAUCCUAAAGGAUCUGGACUUUCACGGCUCCCUGUCAGAUCUGAAUGAGUUUUACGUUGCAGACGAGACUGCCUUCCUCUCCUCCCUGGCAGUGGAUGAUGCCCUGCUGGGAGAGAGCACCUUGCUGAAGGAUACCAGCCCUGUUGUCACUGGCAACAGCGCAGCCUGUACAAAUGUGAACGGCACGGGGAAACGGCAGCAGAUGGUGGAAGCCAGUGUCAACAUGCCAGUUGUAAAGAUGGAGAAAGACACAGAUUAUAUCCAGCUGUGUACACCGGGUGUCAUCAAACAGGAGAAUAAUGAAAGGCGGAGCUACUGUCAGAUGUCAGGAAUGGGUGGGCAUCACAGUGUGCCCGCCACGGUGGGAGAUAUGGGCGGACAGGGAUUCCACUAUGGAGCCGGCAAUGCCGUGACUUUACCAGAUCAGAAACCAGUGUUCGGCCUGUUUCCUCCUCUGCAUACCAUAAAUGACAACUGGGUUCGAGGAAAUGGAUAUGGAGAUGGGAUGCAGCGAACCAACGAGAACGUACUUCCGUCCACCUAUCCCUUCAGCAGCUCUUUGGGAAGACCUGAGGUCAGCAGCUCCAGUGCGUCUGGAUCAGUCAAACCCAACACGAACAGUCAUAAGAUCUGCCUGGUAUGCUCGGACGAGGCUUCAGGAUGCCAUUAUGGGGUUCUUACCUGUGGCAGCUGCAAGGUUUUCUUCAAAAGAGCUGUAGAGGGAUGGAGAGCGCGACAAAACACAGAUGGACAGCACAACUAUCUCUGCGCGGGGAGAAAUGACUGCAUCAUCGACAAGAUCAGGAGGAAAAACUGUCCGGCCUGUCGCUUCCGCAAGUGUCUGCAAGCUGGAAUGAAUCUGGAAGCUCGCAAAAACAAGAAGCUGAUGCGAAUGAGGGGUCAGUCAACAUCGAGCGAGCAGAUGUCUCCUCUGCCCAGUGAUCGUGUGUGUGCCUCUCUGGUGCCGAAAGCCAUGCCCCAGCUGGUGCCAACCAUGCUAUCCCUGCUCAAAGCCAUUGAGCCCGAGAUCAUUUACGCCGGCUACGACAGCACCACCCCGGACACGUCUACCCGUCUCAUGACCACACUUAACCGCCUCGGUGGCCGUCAAGUCGUCUCGGCUGUCAAGUGGGCCAAAGCCCUUCCAGGUUUCAGAAAUCUACACCUGGAUGACCAGAUGACACUGUUACAGUGCUCCUGGCUCUUCCUCAUGUCCUUCGGUUUGGGAUGGAGAUCAUACCAGCAGUGUAAUGGAAGCAUGCUGUGUUUUGCCCCAGACCUCGUCAUUAAUGAGGAGAGAAUGAAACUGCCAUACAUGAAUGACCAGUGUAGCCAAAUGCUGAAGAUCACGAAUGAGCUGGUCAGACUUCAGGUGUCCUACGAUGAGUAUCUGUGUAUGAAGGUCUUACUGCUUCUCAGCACAGUACCAAAAGACGGGCUGAAAAGCCAGGCUGUGUUCGAUGAAAUCCGCAUGUCGUACAUCAAGGAGCUUGGCAAAGCCAUCGUGAAAAGAGAAGAGAACUCCAGCCAGAACUGGCAAAGGUUUUACCAGCUGACAAAGCUCUUGGACACCAUGCAGGAGAUGGUGGAAGGGCUCCUCAACUUCUGCUUCUACACGUUUGUGAAUAAAUCCCUGAGCGUGGAGUUUCCUGAAAUGCUGGCGGAGAUCAUCAGCAACCAGCUACCAAAAUUUAAAGAUGGGAGCGUCAAGCCACUUCUGUUUCAUCAGAAAUGACCGCCUUAGAUCCUAACAAUGCCUUAAUGAUGACAGCCCCUCCCUUAGCAGCGUUAGUCCGUCACCCCGCUUCGCCCACAACCGUCCUGAAUGAAGCGACGGAUGGGGUCGCUCCUGCUCGAGGUGAAGCUUGCUUUUCAGAUGGUGAGGAUCAACGAGGAUAUCGAGGACUGAGUUACAUUCAACACUUUAUGUCAUGUUAAAACUCUUUAAUGUCCAGUCAAAGCAGGGGGAAUAUGUCAAAGACCUCUUUUUAUUCAUACUAUCUCCUUUUUUUGCAUGUACACUGCUGAAAUGUUUACAUGAUGAUGGGUAUAUCAAAAAAGGGAAUUGUGCCUUUUUUGCGCUUUGCGAAUUGACUUCGGCCAUUUCUCAGGCUAAACGCAACGACUUGCCGUACGACGUGCAUUUGUGUUGAUACAUCACACCUGUUUUUGUCUUGUUUCUUCACUCGAGAGGCAUUCGUGGAAACCUUGAAGCAGAUGUGAAACACAAGGCCCUUUGAAAUUGAUGUCCAAUUGCAACUCAAAAUUAAGCACCAUUGCAAUGCCACCAAUCUCUCAUUUGUUUCAUAACAGACAUUGAGCACUAAGUUCCUCUUUUUUUUUUACAAGCUCCACUGAAAUUGGAAAAUGUGUAGUAGUGAAUUAUUAAUGAGAUUUUAUUUGUUUUGUUUGUCUGAUUAGUAGCCCAGGUUCGUAUGAAAUGAACGCCUGUCGCAUGUAUAUGGUUGUAGUUUGGAAAGCUGAUGGUCGCUCCUAGAAUCCCUGGGCUGAAUUCAGGGUUAAUUUGUCAGAUUUAUCAUCCAUCCAUCCAUUGUGAUCAGAUGUAGUUUAAAAUAGCCCGGCAUUCAUAAUAUUCAGCAUUAAGCGCCACCCCCACCCCUGAUUUGUGUGAGUUUGUGCAUGCUCGAAGAGUUAAUUCAUCCAUUGAAUGAUUCGCGCUGUGUGCAUAAUUUUUCUUUUUAGUUUUCCAUCAGAUCUCAAAAUCUGUGAGUUUUUAGCUUUUUGCCUUUCAUGUGUCCCUGUGGUGCCAAGCCUCAAAUGCUCUUUUGUGGAACAUUUGUCUGUCCUGUGCUUGAUCAUGUUUGAUCAUUGUUACUGGUUCAUCAUGCGCUCCAUGGUUUUACACUUAACCCCGUAGUCUGUUAUUACGUGUAUGCGCACUAAGGGUGUCACGGUUUCGAUUUUUGAUUGAAAUUUAUCUAAAUUAAGUGACAACCUCGAGCUUCGAAUGAAAAAAUUUAAUCGUCGAUGCUUAUACUCCCCCAUGUCACGUCCGGUCUGCUUGCCAAGUGGAAAAAAAACAGGUUUUGAGUGCUGCGAGUCAACCUCCUCUAAUUUAGCUAGCUACAGCCAGUCAAAAGAUAGCAUGGCAGAUGCAGGAGACACCACGUGAGCUGCUCUUUACAUGGGAAACAAAAACAGCACACGCGUGUGCACACCAGAGCGGCGUCUGUGCCAGGACCGGUCGUUUAUCUGUACUGAUAUCUGUUUUUCAGUUGCUUAAACGUGGGUUUACACCAGCCGCGUUUAAGGCGUCAAAAUCGCGUCUAUCACGCUUCGUUUGCCGCUUGAACAGUUUGAGUGUACUCGCUUUAUUCGCUCGUGAAAGCCGCGCGUGAAAUUCUAGUCAUCGAGACAUUCACACGGAAAUUCGCGUCAAGGGAGAGGUUUCUGCGACUCCGCUCGCUUUCUGUAAUCACGUCACUACUAAAGCAAGCUCCUGAUUGGUUAACGUGGCGCGUUGGCUAAAUGCCUCAUUAGCGCUGUGAGACCUCCAGACGCACGUCAACCCGUCUUCACAUUGACUUAACAUUGAAAUCACCCGCGCUUGACGCCUCUACCGCGGCUGGUGUAAACGCAGCGUAAGAGUUAUGAAAACAGCAUUUAAACAUGACUUAUUGGGGUAUAGUCUCACAAUCUCAUCUGACGGUAAUAAAAGCAUGUUUUAAAGAUGCAAAGUACUGACAGGAAUGUUCAUCCGACAGGAAGUUUAGUUUUAUCAGGUAUGUGCGUGUACCAUAUUUUUCCACUGGCAGCACGACUAACAUUCCAUCUCCGGGUUCAAGGUCAGAUAUUAUAUUUCAUAAAAGUCUAGUCUAAAAAUGGCAUUGCAACCUGUUCUUUCAAAAACAUAAAAAAGUACCUUAGAAUCGAAAAUGUAAUCGAAUCGAGGAUUUGGAGAAUCGUGACACCCCUAAUGCGCACAGUUAACUGCACAGCUUGCAAAGUAUAGUUUAUUUGACUCAUACGUGUACACAGAUGUUCAACGCAUCUCCUGAGCUACAUUCUUCUGUAGGCACAUGUGCAACGUACAUAUGCAAAGUACGCGCAGGGUUACAAAAAUCUGGGGUGUGCAUACAGUAUAGAGCAUGCGUACUUUUCUGAUGAUGAAAUUUACGUCACGCGCACUUUACGCAGACCCUUGCGUACAUGUUAAAACCAGACUAUACCUCUAGCUUUACUCGGAGAACCGCACCAGCUACGCUUUAUUCCCGGCUUAAAGCGAUAGAUCACCUAAAACCCAAAAUCUGUUCAUUUGUUCUCAUGUUUCCAACCCGCAUGCUGUUGCUCCUCAACCCUUUUUAAAGCACCUUCACUACGUGUUAAUGCAACUGCAUUAACAUGAAUUAUAUAAAGCAACAGCAUGCGGGUUUUAGCAGGUCAUUUUACAGUUUUCCAGCUUUUUGGUUGGUUUUCUUCCUGCAUAUUUCUGUGUAAGGACCUUCUACCUAACAAACAAAAAAUACAGCUAAAUUUGAUUAUCUGAUAAAGUCCAGCUGUUCAUUCAUAGACUGCGGUGUCAAAUAACAGCACCAAUGUGACACCCUGACCCUCUGCAGCCGUGCACAGUAUUAAAACUCUAGUGGUUAUGGGAGGCUUGAAAGUUAAUUCCCAGUAACACUGUUGCUUGUCAUCGGCUGUAUGUAUUAUCAACAGCGCUGAAAUACGAUCUGAUGAUGGAAAUACGAGCUUACAUUCAUAACCAGUGUUACCAGUCACUGUUAGUUUAACCUUCAUUUCCCAAUGCUUAUUUUAACCAACAUGAAGUGUACAGUAGAUGUCCUAUAUCCUCCCUGACAACGAUAUUUUAGUGUAUUUCAUAAGGCUGUUUUUUCCCCUUAAGAUUUAUUUUCUAAUUGUUUCACAGUAGGCCUUGCAAAAGGAGUCCGUGAGCCAUAAAAAGUAGGUUGCUUAAAUUCAGGAGAACACAAAGUUUUUUUCUUUGUGGAAGUCAUAGAUCAUUUUUAAAUGAAGCUACGCUAACAGAUCCUCUUUGAUAUGAAAAUCAUUUUACAAUAGAAUAAUUUUAUUAAAAAAAAAACAAGUUAUAUCUUUUUUGUCGAGAGAUGAAUUGCAAAUGCACUUUGAAGAAGUGUUUGUAUGUUGUAUGUAAAUGUAAAUUCUAUAAAUCAAUAGGAGAAAUAUAAGAUUAAUCGCUGUUUUAAAAAAAAAAUGAAAGCUUAAAGUUAUAAGCAGGAGGGGUGCUUGAGUAUAUUUUGUAUAGUGCAACAGAGUGACCAAAGCAACGCAGAUUUAAAAAAAAAAUGAAAGAAAAAAGUAUUUAAAGCAGUUACAUUUUAAAGUAGCACUUAAUACCCAACUUUAGUACUUUAUUUUAUCCUUUUCUAUUUCUUUUAUAAAGAUUUAGGCUUUGGUCUCAUGUAUCAUGCUGUAAAAUUCACUAGUCAUUACAAAUAUAUAUAUAUAUAUAUAUAUAUAUAUAUAUAUAUAUAUAAAUAUAUAUAUAUAUAUAUAAAUCAGAGCCUGAAAAUUUGCACUACCCUAAUACUGGCCUGACAUAUUCGUUGCGUCCAAAAUCGCCUACUUCUGGAGAGGCGUCAUCAUAUUAAAAAUGUCAAAAAACACAGCUCUUUUAAAAUGCAAAUGCAUAAGGAAAACAGCUGAUCUUUGUGGGUACAUUUAAUGUCAUUCAAGUUAAUAUCAGUUAAUCAGUUAUUAUGAGGACGUGGGUCACUUCAUGUAUCAAGAUGGCGGAUCUAGUACGUCCAAAUUUCAUUCACACUACCCAUAUUUUUACGUUGUUAUAACAGUGAAUGAGUAAGAAGUUUAUUUAAAUUAGUACGUCCUGUCACAGUAUGCGAUUUCGGACGCAGGAAAUCAAUUUUGUACAAAAAUUCAUGCAAAUAAUAUCUUUAAAGAUUAAGGGCAAAUCAUAUUUCAUUGGUAUAUGGCUUUCAUUAAAGUCUUUUUGUUUGUUUGCAUUUCAGUUCUAUGUAAAAGUAAUCCAAUGUAAAGGAUAUAUGUUUAUUUGUUAAAAAAAAUAGUUUUGUAUGACUUCUGUAUUAUACCUAUCCUGUAGUCAAUGUCGAUCUUUACACUUAUUUGAUUAAAUGUUGGACAAAAUUCA